AUGGUCCAUCCACCCCGGGGUCUUAUAUCUAGAAGAAAUAUCAAAAUAUGGCAUGAUGUGUGCAAGAGGGGAGAUGUGACUGUGAAGCCUUCCCACGUAAUUUCACUUGGAUCAGCUGUCAAUAUUUCAUGCUCUCUGAAGCCCAAACAAGGCUGCUCGCACUACUCCAGUCUGAACAAGUUAAUCCUCUACAAGUUUGACAGAAGAGUCAGUUUUCACCACGGUCGCUCCCUCAGUUCUCAAGUCACAGAUCUUCCCCUUGGCACCACCUUGUUUGUCUGCAAACUGUCCUGUAUCAGUAGCGAUGAGAUUCGAAUAUGUGGAGCAGAAAUCUCAGUUGGUGUUGCUCCAGAACAGCCUCAAAAUGUAUCUUGUAUACAGAAGGGAGAGCAAGGCACCGUGGCCUGCACCUGGGACAGAGGACGAGACACCCACCUAUACACUGAGUAUACUUUACAGUUAAGUGGACCAAGAAAUCUAACUUGGCAGAAGCAAUGUAAAGAUUAUUAUUGUGACCAUUUGGACCUUGGAAUCAACCUCACUCCUGAAUCACCUGAAUCGAGCUUCACAGCCAAGGUUACUGCCAUCAAUAGUCUUGGAAGUUCUUCUUCAUUUCCAUCCACAUUCACGGUCUUGGACAUAGUGAGGCCUCUUCCUCCGUGGGACAUUAGAAUCGAAUUUCAAAAUGCUUCUGCAAGCAGAUGUACCCUGCAGUGGCGAGAUGAGGGACUGGUGCUGCUUAAUCGACUCAGAUACCGGCCCAGGAACAGCAGGUCCUGGAAUAUGGUAAUGGUCUUUAGGGUGAAGGGGAAAAAAACCUGUGUCACUGGACGAUGGGAAUGGACCCACACGGGCCCCACCCUACAUGCUGAGCCUACUGGGAUGUUAGAUGUCUGGUACAUGAAACGGCACAUUGACUACAACAGACAACAGAUUUCUCUUUUCUGGAAGAAUCUGAGUGUCUCAGAGGCAAGAGGAAAAAUCCUCCACUAUCGGGUGACCUUGCAGGAGGUGACAGUGGGGAAAGCCCCAUUCCGGAACAUCACAGGGCACACUUCCUGGACCUGGGUCGCUCCUAGAACUGGGAACUGGGCUGUGGCUGUGUCUGCAGCAAAUUCAAAAGGCAGUUCCCCACCCACUCGUAUUAACAUAACAAACCUGUGUGAGGCAGAUUUGCUGGCUCCUCUCCAGGUCUCUGCAGACUCAGGGGGCGUGGACAACAUUGUGGUGACCUGGCAGCCUCCCAGGAAAGCUCCCUCUGCUGUUGAGGAGUACGUGCUGGAAUGGAGGGAGCUCCGUGCAGGAGGGGACACACAGCCCCCUCUAAACUGGCUGCGGAGUCCCCCCUACAAUGUGUCUGCUCUGAUUUCAGAGAACAUAAAACCCUACCUCUGUUAUGAAAUCCGUGUGUAUGCACUGUCAGGGGAUCAAGGAGGAUGCAGCUCCACCCUGGGUAACUCCAAGUACAAGGCACCACUGCGUGGCCCCCACAUUAAUGCCAUCACAGAGGAAAAGGGGAGCGUUUUGAUUUCAUGGAACAGCAUUCCAGCCCAGGAGCAGAUGGGCUGCAUCCUCAAUUACAGGAUAUAUUGGAGAGAACGGGACUCCAAUUCCAAACCUCAGCUCUGUGAAAUUCCCUACAGAGUCUCCCAAAAUUCACAUCCAAUAAACAGCCUGCAGCCCAGGGUGACAUAUGUCCUGUGGAUGACAGCUCUGACAGCUGCUGGUGAAAGUUCCCAAGGAAAUGAGAGGGAAUUUUGUCUGCAAGGUAAAGCCAAUUGGAAGGUGUUUGUGGCACCGAGCAUUUGCAUUGCUAUCAUCAUGGUGGGCAUUUUCUCAAUGCGUUACUUCCGGCAAAAGGUGUUUGUUCUCCUUUUGGCCCUCAGACCUCAGUGGUGUAGCAAAGAAAUUCCAGACCCAGCAAACAGCACUUGGGCCAAGAAAUAUCCCAUUGCAGAGGAGAGGACACGACUGCCGCUGGACGGGCUCCUGACGGCCUGGCCCAGUCCUGAAGAACCUGAGCCCCUGGUCAUCCAUGAAGUCCUUCAUCAGGUGACCCCAGUCUUCAGACAUCCCCAUCAGCCUUACUGGCCAGAAAAGGGACAAGGAGUCCAAGGUCACCAUAGCUCUGAGGAAGACGCAGUGUGCAGUGCCUCAAGCCCAUCACCUCCGCAAGCUCUCCCAGCUGAGAGAAGACAACUAGUGGGUCUCUACAGGGUGCUGGGCAGUAGGGGACCUGAAGCAAAGCCGGGAAACCCAGCCAGUCCCUUGACGGUCCUCCCAGUUGACUACCUUCCCACCCAUGAGGGCUACUUGCCCUCCAGCCUAGAUGAGGCUCCUCUCUCUGACCCUCUGGGAGAACUGGAGCCUCAGCACGUCUCUCUUUCUGUUUUCCCCUCAAGUUCCUUUCACCCGCUCACCUUCUCCUGUGGUGAGAAGCUAACUCUGGGUCAGUUAAAGAUGGGGUGUGACUCCCUCAUGCUCUGAGUAGUGAGACUUGAAGCCUGGU